GCCACUAUUUCCAUCACUCAACCCAAGUUCCUUGUACUCGCAUCAUGUCUCUGCGUCUUCUCAAGCGACCAAUUAACCUUGCAGCGAAGCCUCCAAUUACUCAGCUUCGUUUGCAGUCCAAUGGCCAGGCGCAAUUGAACAACGAUGUCGCCUCGUUUCAUUCUCGAUGGUUUGCUGACCUACAAGCUCAGCUGAAGAAAUUCACCACCGAUCACUACCCAGCCAGCUGCGUUCAAGAAGCCAAUAGACAAUUGGUGUCAAAUGAAGAGAAUUGGUUGCAGCUUUUAGCAGGGCAGCAGGGGUUCCUGACCGAUAAGAAAUGGCGAGGUCUUGAUAACCACCAGCUCCUUUGGGGUGACAUGGACAGCAUGGGCCAUGUCAACAACGUGAUGUACAACCGCUAUGUCGAAACUGGGCGGGUGCAUUUCAUCCGACAGCACAGUGAAGAUGCCGCAGAGCACGAAAAGUCACAAUGGGACGACCUGCCAACACCACGUAGCCUUGGUCUUAUUCUCAGAAGCAUUACGACGGAAUACAAAUUUCCACUUGAAUUCCCAGACCACAUCACUGUAUUGUAUAGACUUCUUGAAGCUCCAACUAAUGAGUCAACAUCACUCAAGAUGGAAGCAUGGAUUUUAUCGGAACAAUACCGCCGCUUGGCAGCACGAUGCAUCGACGACACCGUCAUCUAUGACUACAUCACAGCGAAGAAGACGGUCCUGAAGCCAUUCAUGGUCGAUAAGUUUCAGCAAACAUUUAGUAUGCAACAGGCGAACCAGAGGAAGUAUACAGAUCAGGCAAAAAGAGCAAUUCAGGCUGCCGAAGAACUUCAAAUGAAGUACAAAUAGUUAUAUGACUCUUAAUAUGAUUUUAUUAGCACUUAGUAUACACAACAGACCCGUAAAGUAAG